CAUCUCUAACCACCGACCUCAUAAGUCAUUAAGACAAAAACAGAGACACUCCUCUCACUCUCAUUAUUUCAUUUUCUUUCCAUAAAAAGCACGAAUCUUCAAGAACAAAGAGAGAGAGAGAGAGAAAAUUUAAUGGCGUUAGCGAAUAACUUAACGGCGAUACUCAACUUACUAGCGUUACUCUGUUCCAUACCAAUAACGGCGUCAGGUAUAUGGCUAGCUUCAAAGCCAGACAACGAGUGUGUCAAUCUCCUCCGUUGGCCCGUUGUCGUCCUCGGCGUUCUCAUCCUCGUCGUCUCCGCCACAGGCUUCAUCGGCGCCUACAAGUACAAGGAAACUCUACUGGCGGUUUACUUGUGCUGUAUGGCGAUAUUGAUCGGACUUUUGCUGGUGGUUCUUAUAUUUGCAUUCGUCGUGACCCGGCCCGAUGGAUCGUAUCGGGUUCCGGGUAGAGGUUAUAAAGAGUAUAGGCUUGAAGGGUUCUCGAAUUGGCUUAAGGAGAACGUUGUGGAUUCCAAGAACUGGGGAAGGCUAAGGGCUUGUUUGGCUGAUACUAAUGUUUGUCCUAAACUCAACCAAGAAUUCAUCACCGCCGAUCAGUUCUUCUCCUCCUCUAAGAUCACUCCUCUCCAGUCCGGCUGCUGCAAACCACCAACCGCAUGUGGCUACAACUUUGUGAACCCAACACUGUGGCUAAAUCCAACCAAUAUGGCUGCAGACGCAGACUGUUACUUAUGGAGCAAUGACCAAAGCCAGCUUUGUUACAAUUGCAACUCAUGCAAAGCUGGUUUAUUGGGAAACCUUAGAAAAGAAUGGCGUAAAGCAAAUCUCAUACUUAUCAUCACAGUCGUUGUUCUCAUAUGGGUUUAUGUUAUUGCUUGUAGCGCGUUUAGGAAUGCUCAGACUGAGGAUCUCUUCCGCAAAUACAAACAAGGUUGGGUCUAAAAUGUGUUUGUGUCUAUAAAUUUGUUUGUAGUUUGUUGAGAUUGGAGUUUUCGGAAAUAGCUCGUCAUAUUAUGAUUUCUUUGUGUGUGGAAAAGGUUUUUUUCUUUUUAUGGAUUUUGUUUCUAUGUUUAUCAGUUUAUGUUCGACAAAAUGGCACUUAUCUAUGUAAACAAACAACUGACCCUAAUUGGAAAACUGAUUGUUGUCAUAGAGUUUUCUCAGUUUCUUCUAUUAAGAAAAACUUAACCGUUGGUUAAAA